AAGAAGAGUGUUGUCGUAGCAACCCGAAGCUUAACGUUACAGCGAAAAGCUGUCCACGGGUUUUGUAGAUAAGUAUGAACGUUGCCUAAAAGCGUUUUAUUUGUGUUCUGCUUUAACCCCUGUUGGAAACAAACUUACUGUCUGCACGCCAACUGAACUAUAUUCGCAAUCUUUAACACAUUUUAGAGAGUUGGUACGUGCAUCCGCGGUUAAUGUCACACCUUUUGCGUAAACCGCUGAGUGCUAUGCUCGUUUUCAAAGUGCGAUGUUGUUUUCUGUUUAGUUCAAUGUCGGUGGUAAGCAGUCUGGUACCAGCCCGUUUCCUGACUCUCAUCGCUCACCUCGUGAUAGUCAUCAUCAUAUUCUGGUCGCGGGAGAGCAGUGUCAGAGCCUGCCUACCACUGGAUUACACCGAUGAAGAAUACAGGUUAGAGGACACACGCCUCAUAGUGGCUUUAUCUGUGACCCUGGGCCUGUUGGCUGUCGAGCUGGUUGGGUUCCUCUGUGGUGUCUCCAUGUUCAACAACAAUCAAGCUCUUCUAUCUACAGGAUGUCACGCCAGUGGCUCUGUGGCUUUGCUCUUCUUCAUGUUUGAGCAAUGGACCUGCAGCAUCUACUGGUGGAUCUUUGGCUUCUGUAGUGUGAUUCCAGCACUAUAUGAGAUGAUCCUUUUUGUUGUAGUGUUUGGAUUUAAGAGGAAACCUCUAUGAGGAUCUCUGCCCUCUCUAUUGUCCUUUCAUGACUGACGUACCAGAAUAUCCUGAAACCAGAAUAAUACUCACUGGCACUAUAAAUAAGUGUUUUCCAUGAGUUCUUAGAAAGCUAAAUUAUGUUUGAAAGCUUUCGGAUGGUUUCAACCUGUUGACUAAUUUACUUCUUGAAAUCAUUGCAUUUUGUACACAUUUAGAUGAAUUAAAGCAUCUUGUAUUUUGCUACAAA